UCAAAUCGAAUCUGGUCUGGAUAGCGUCUUCCGAUCGAGAAAUGAACGGCGCCCCGACGGGGAAUUCGAGCCGAGUCCAGAAACUCGGCGAACCGGCCGAGGCGGGCAUCCUCGACGAGCGAAUUCUGCUGCUGCUAUUCGAGUACAUGAGAUGGGACAUUCCGACGCUCUGCCGUACGUCCGCCGUCAACCGGAAGCUCCAGGCGGUGGCGAAGCGCCUCCUCUGGCGGGAGCUCUGCCGGCGGCGGGCGCCGCGGAUGACGUCAGUGCUGACGGAGAGCGGCCGGAUGACCGGCGGCUGGGACGCUUUGGGGAAGCUGCUGUUCUUCUGCGGCGGUUCGGAGUUCAGACCGGGUCAGGCGACUCCGGGUCAUUUUGCCGAGUCGACUCGGUUUUCGAAGACCUCCGGUCGGAGCUUUCUGGCGAAGAGCUGCGGCGGCGACGUGCUUUACGUUAGCGACCCGUGCGAGCACCGAGUCCGUUCGGCGGCGGAGGCGGACGACGUCGGGGUGUACCGGGGGGUGUUUGGGGGGUUUAUGAAGUCGCGGACGCGGCAGUGUUUGAUACGGCGGCGCGUGGAGCUGGAGGCGGUGCUGCGGUGUCCGUACUGCGGGGCACGUGUUUGGAGCAUGACGUCGGCGCGGCUUAUAGCGAGGAGGAGCGCGGCGCGGCGGCUGGGGUCGAGGGAUGAUGAGCUGGAGUACUUUGUGUGCUUGAAUGGCCACUUGCACGGCACGUGCUGGCUGGCGGCUCUGUCUUCCGACGACGGCGGCGGCGUUUCCGAUGAUCGGAUAGACGGGGAAGAAGAUGAUGGCAGCCAGCAGAGUGGAGACGACGACAACGAUGUACAUGCCACUGGGAAGCAUCAUUAACAACAAGCAAGACCUAAUUAAUAAAAUAAUAAAAAAGUGGUAGAGUAAAUAGAAAAUAAUAAUGAGAAAAAUAUUAUUAUUAUUUGUUAAAAUAAAAGUAAUAAUAGAUAAAAUAUUUUAUUAUAAAUAGAAUGUAUAUAAAUUUUACAGAGAAUAAAAAAAUAAAU